AAUUCAUUCAUUAUUCACAUCUUAUUCAACAACUAAAACAGUUAAUAGUCAAAGUUAACUAAACCUCUUCUCCUAGUUUAUAUUUUCCUGCACACAGCCAAAAAUUUAUUUUGAGAAGAGCUAUAACCUUUCUGAAAAAUUUCACUAUCCCAUAGUUUAGAAAGUGAUAUUUUAUAAACUUUAGUCCAUAAUAACCUGAACCAUGUCAAGUAAGUCCGGUAUAGCCACGUUUGAAGGUCAUAGAAACUUUAGGUUACGAUUAAUUUUGGCUACAUUAGCUGGGAAAUCCAUUAAGAUUAGUAAAAUACGAUCUAAUGAUGUUAAUCCUGGUUUAAGAGAUCAUGAAGUAUCAUUUUUAAGAUUACUUGAAGCAGUAACUAAUGGAUGUCAUAUUGAAAUCUCAUAUACUGGUACAGCAGUUAUUUAUAAACCUGGUAUUAUAAUAGGAGGAGAAUUAACUCAUGUAUGUGCUAAUACAAAACCAGUAGGAUAUUUUAUAGAACCAAUGCUUUAUUUAGCACCAUUCUCAAAGAAGAAAUUUUCAAUAAUUUUUAAAGGUAUAACUACCAGUGAUAAAUCCAAAGAUGCUACCCCAGAAUCUAUUAAAUGGGGGUUAAUACCAAUUAUGGAAAAAUUUGGAGUUCGAGAAAUAUCUCUUUAUAUAUUAAAGAGAGGUUCAGCACCAAUUGGAGGUGGAGAAGUUCAUUUAUUAUGUAAUUCACUUAUACCUCAACCAUUAACUAUUCAUGCAUUAGAUAUCCCUAAAUUUUCUGCUAUUAGAGGAGUAUCUUAUAGUACAAGAGUUUCACCAUCUAUAGUUAAUAGAAUGAUAGAUGGAGCUAGAAAAGCUUUAAGACCAACAGGAGUUGAAGUUAAUAUAACAGCAGAUGUUUGGAGAGGAGAAAAUUCAGGAAAAUCUCCUGGUUAUGGAAUUACUUUAGUAGCUGAACUGAAAAAAGGUUGGAGAAUUGUUGCAGAAGGGGUAGGAUCAGCAGGAGAAUUACCUGAAGAUAUUGGAGAAACUGUUGCAUUACAACUUUUAGAAGAAAUAAGUACCAGUGCAGUUGUAGGAUUAAAUCAAUUACAGUUAGUAUUGGUAUAUAUGACCAUUGGUAAAGAAGAUAUUGGAAGAUUUAAAUUAUCUAAUAGUCAAAUUAAUGAAAAUUUUAUAUGGUAUCUUAGAGAUAUUAAACAAUUAUUUGGUAAUGAAGUAUUUAUUAAGGAAGAAGAUAAAGAUUAUUCAUUACUUUCUAUUAAGGGAGUUGGAUUUACUAGUGUAUCUAAGAAAAUAGCAUAGCCUAGUCAUAGUCAUAGUCAUAGUCAUAGUCAU